GGUGCAGCGGAUCCCUCGAACCGCUUCUUCCCCCCUCGGUCCCCUCCCUGCGCCCCCCACGCCGGCAGCCGCGAUGCCAAACUUCUCCGGGAACUGGAAGAUGAAGAGCUCGGAAAACUUCGAGGAGCUGCUGAAGGCGCUGGGCGUGAACAUGAUGCUGCGGAAGAUCGCGGUGGCGGCGGCAGCGAAGCCGGCGGUGGAGAUCCGGCAGGACGGGGAGAGCUUCUACAUCCGCACCUCGACCCCCGUGCGCACCACCGAGAUCCGCUUCAGGGUGGGCGAGGAGUUCGAGGAGCAGACGGUGGAUGGGCGGCCCUGCAAGAGCUUGGCCAGGUGGGAGAGCGAAAACAAGAUGGUGUGUGAGCAGCGGCUGCUCAAGGGCGACGGGCCCAAGACGGGCUGGUCCCGGGAGAUGACCAACGACGGGGAGCUCAUCCUGACCAUGACGGCCGACGAUGUUGUCUGCACCAGGGUCUACAUCCGGGAGUGACCCCCCCGCUCAGCUGACACCCCCCACCCCCCGUAUCCCCC